ACAGUUGAAUCUUCAAUGGCUUCCAAUGAGGAGCGGUCAUUUGCUAGCCACUAUAUGGUGCUAGCUCCGAAGGAAGCCACAAUCUUCGAUCUCCUUCGUUUCUUGCUCUCCAGCCGUGCAGACAAUAGAAGAUUUAUUUUUACCCCAAGAGGGACGAGAUUACCAUUCCCUAAAAGGGUGGUUCUAGUUGGCUCUGUCGUGAUGCAAAUUAUCUUGUUCAUACUCGCAGGACCGCUAGCAUUGUUGGGGCAUGCAAUCGAGAACUGGCUUAACCUGCUGUACGUGAAUGGCGGUUUUAUGGGAAUUAUCUUCAAAAUCCUUCGGGGGCGCCGGCCAGAAAAAACCCCAGAUAGAGAUUCGCCCAAGUAUCGGUCGCUGACCGGACUUUCAGACGAUAGGGAAGAGCUGGCUGAGAACAUCCUAAUUGACGAUACGAGAUAUAAUUCGGCUCUCGCAAUAAUGGCUGCCAAAGUCGUUUACGAGAACCCCGCUCAUAUCGAAUAUGUGGUCUCGAAAAUCUGGAAGAUGGAAUUCAUGGGAUUUUACGAUUUCUGGAACGCUUUCCAAAGGAAACCAACAACACAAGCAAUGUUGUUUCGACAAAAUAAGGACACGGACUCGGAACUGAUAUGUGUGGCCUUCAGAGGUACAGAACCCUUUGCUGCUGAUGAUUGGAUUACAGACAUGGAUCUCUCCUAUUAUGAGCUUCCUAAUGUGGGGAGGGCGCAUUGUGGAUUCAUGGAAGCUCUUGGUCUACAGAGGGGCAGUGGUUGGCCCAAGAACAUACCCCAAUCGAAUAGGCAAUACGCUUACUAUACCAUCCGGGAAAUUCUGAAGAAAAGGAUGGUAUAGUAAUAGGAUCUGUCGGAGCGGUUAGACGGGGUCUACACUUUUGGUCAACCGAGAGUUGGAGAUUCCAGAUUUGGAGCAUUCGUGGAAAACAACAUGGAGAGCAGCAGGCGCAAGUACUUUAGGAUCGUUUAUUGCAACGAUCUUGUGCCUAGAGUCCCUUGGGACAAUUCAUGGAGCGAUUUUCAGCACUUUGGAAAGUGUAUCUACUUCAACAGCCUUUACAGGGGCGAUAUUGUUGAUGAAGUACCAAA